AUGACGCAAACUACCGCACACGAUUACGAUCAUCACCACCAUGCAGGGGCACCGGUGCCGGCACCAACACCACCGAAUGGGCGAUCGUUUGCGCCAUCGUUGGCGGGGUUUCUACUGAUCGUGGCCGGGCUGGUAGUGUGUGGUUUGCCGGACGAGUGUACGGGCGCCCAGCGGGAGUCACAGCUGCGGCUGGGGAAAGCGGUAAACGUUUUCCUGCGCUAUGGUUAUCUGUCGAUAUCGAUGAAGGUCAUCUCGUACAACGAUAGCGAACGAUGGCUGUUUAAGGAGCCAACGAACAACGUCUUCAAGGGACUGGAUCAGCUAAAGACGGAGGUUUACGAAAUAAAACCGGGCAUCUUCAAUGGCGACUUCCACAUGGAGUUUUGCGACAAUCGGCGCCAGCUGUUCCAGGCAUACUUCCGUGACUUCCAAAUCGAACGUUUGGACAGUUCGUGGCGAGCGUACACCGAAGGAUGGCACCCGGAGGUGGCGGCAAAAAAGCUAGGCAUCCAAAGCAAGUACCUAGAGCGGGACGAGUACUGUUACGUGCUGGUCCGGGUGUCCCGCUACCGAGACAGUGCCCGGUUUGCGAAACCGAUCCCGCCGAACCAGACGAUCGAGCCGGAGGUGUCGCGCAAGGCGCAGAGUGUCGUCGUCGGCGACACGACGUCCGCGGUACAGUUCAUGAAUCAGUACGGGACGCACUAUAUCAAUGCGUACGUGACAGGCAACUCGCUCUAUCAGGUGUUUGUGUUCAGCAAGCGCAAUUACGCGCACGUGAAGGAAAAGCUCAAAAGCACCGGCACCUUACAGGUGUCGAAGGUAGAUCUGUACGAACACUUCGCGCCAUGGUUUGUGGAGCACAUGGGCAAGAUACGGUGCGCCAGUGGCAACGCUUCCGUCGAAGCAUGGGCCUCCCGGAAAUUGCGGCUUUCGUACUACGUGUUCACCUACAGCAGUCUGCUAAAGCUGCACGGUGACGGUGCGCUGCUGCGGAUACUGAGCGAACUACUGCAGAACGAGGCCAUCCUGCAACUGGACCUGCGCUCUCUUGGCGUCGUUUUUAAGGAUCCGGCCAAACGAGCAUGGUAUAGGGAAAUACUGGACAACUAUCUCAAACUCUGGGAAGUCAAUAUGUAG